AUGAGUGCUGCUCAAAUUCGGCAUCUUGGAAGAGAUCAGGCAGACGGAGGCGCGUCUUCGAUGUGUUCACCGAAGAUGGCAAGAAGAUCUACCAAACUAACGGCAAGGCCCGGACUGAAGGGUAUGUGUAAUGAAGAACUGCGCAAGCUGCAAGUACCGUAUCGAUUGAGUCGAAAAGGCAAAAGUAAAGUCUGGAAGCACAUUCCCAAUGACGAGCACUGGCUCACCUUCAACCUGGAGAUGCUCACCGUUGAACCGUACUCACAUCAACGACAAUUCAAAUUCCUCGAUAUCGAUUCCAAAGGGAAACUGACAGAAGCCUCGCUCCUCAAAUGGCUCAGUACAAUGCGGAAGGAAUACGGUAAAACAUGGAAGAACGAAGGAUAUCGACAACACCACCGCCGUGAAGUACUACAUAAGGUA